UUCAUUAUGGUUUCGUUUCACCUCCCUCUUUUCCUCCUCUUAUAUAGACUGAUCUUUCUUCUCCGUGGAAACCAAAACCCUAGGAAAAAUCAGAUCUCUAGCUAUGGCGAUGAAACGAAAUGGAAAGUCUCCUGCCUCUUCCGACUCUGAGGAAAAAGUGAUGUUCUUCAGAGAUGUCUCUCUAGGUCCCCAUGAAACCCGUCUGCGCUUUCGCCUCAUCCAUUUCUGGGAGGCUCAGAACCCGGUGAAGAAGACCCUUAUUGGCCUGGAGAUGCUUCUCAUCGACGAGCAGGGAACUGUCAUUCAAGGAUUCAUCCCACCUGGACGUAUCAAGAAGUACUUGCCUGAUAUGAAGCGAGGUUCAGUUUACGAACUCAUGAACUUUUACGGCUCGAAGAACAAACCGAUGUAUCGGGUUGCUGAUCAUAUCGCAACCGUGUCCUUCGCAUGGAACUCUGAGUUGUCGGUUCUUCACGACAUUCCAAUCCCUUUUGAUGAAGACCGUUUUAGGAUGCAUUCGUAUGAGGAUUUUGAGGCCAACUGUGAUCUGAAAGGUGAUCUGUACGAUGUUCUUGGCCACAUGAAGCUGGUCGAUGGACAGAGUAUUACGGAGCGUCCCGUUAUUGAUGAAACGAAGCUUGCUACAACUCGGCACAUUAUGAUUCAUGUGCAAUCACAUGAAGGACCUGUCAUGAAGCUCUACCUCUGGGACCAGGCAGCAACAGAUUUCUGCAAGAAGUUUAAGUCCUAUGAAAACACCCCCACAGUUCUUUUGGUCACAGCCGUUAAUACUAAACGGCUCGGAGGUACCCUGGCACUGAGUUCUAUGUCUCCCACACGGGUUUUCAUGGACUAUGAUGUCCAACCAACAAUUGAUUACAUAGCCUGGCUCUCCUCGAACCCAGAGAUUGCUAAGCAGGUUAGUGCAGAGGUGGUCACUAAGCGGGAGACGAUGACUAUAUCUGACAUAUUCUCUUACAUGACUCUGGAAUCUGCAAAGACUGCCUUCUUUGAGUGCACUGCUACUAUUGAUGAUGUGGUUCAAGGAUCUGCUUGGUACUAUAUUGCAUGCACUGGGUGUCACAGUAAGGCUACGAAAGGCUCAAACUCAUUGAUCUGCACUAACCCAAGAUGUGUGAAGGAUACCACAGCUGGAGUUGCACAGUACCGUGCAAAGAUUUCGGUUUAUGACAGCAGUGAACAAGGUUUUUUUGUCCUGCUCGGUGAUGCUGGUUUCCAGUUGACUGGGAGGCACGCAUCUGAGUUGGUCAGCAGCUACUUUGAGGCCAAUAAAGACAAAGGCCCUGACCAUGAAGUGCCUGUCCCGGAUGCUCUGAUCAGCAUUAUCGGACAGACCCAUAAGUUUUGUGUGAAAGUUACAGACCACAACUUCUCUGGCAAUACCCGAGCUAUCACUGUCACCAAGAUCCUCCCUCUAGAGACACCAUCACCCACAGAAGACUCUCUUGGAGACGCCAUUGCUGCAACGUCCAUGGAAGCAGUGCAGACUGGAAGGGACGUGUGUGAGCCUUCAAAAAGCUGUGGAGAUUCUGCAGAUGAAGAGAGUAAGAGAACGUUUGACAGUGGUGAACCAGAGAAAGUCAAACGGGCAAGAUGUGAGAAAUGAUGAUUCAGUUCGAUGAUGCUCAAGGCUUUGCAUUGAGAUUCAAGUAUUCUGUUGGUUUUUGAAAGUUUGCUUCAGUUUAAGUACUAUUUUGGUUUUUAUCAAGACUUUGCUUUGUUUCAUUUCAUUUCAGACUUUGGCUUUCAAUUGAUUGAACUAUCCUUCUUAUAUAGUUUUGUCAUAGCGAUUGUUUUCAUGAUUUGAAUUCGUUUAUAUAGACCAACUAAUUUGGCCUCAAAAAUAUCUCGCCAAACUUGAUUAUUUCCAUAUCCCAUAUACAAUUUGAACUCUACGUAGCAUCAUACACGCGCAUCACACCGCAGGAAAAUCUUAGACUAUGUUAUAUUUUUGAAAGUUAUUAAAAUCGAAUAUUUCAUAUGAUCCUGUAUUUAUGUCAAAAUCUCAUUUAAAUAGGAAAGUAGUAAAUUCAUUCGACCAGUAAUUAUAUUCUUUGACUAUAACCUUUCAAAGGGAAGAAAAAAAGGAAAGGUAAAUCAAACUCUUCCAAAAUUCAUAUUCUCUUGCGUUAGAAAGAAAAAGAGUUGACAAAGACGAAGACCUCAUCUGUUUCUUCUACACUUCCAAGCAGCAUUCGUCUGAAGUAAACUGGUCGUGCGGAUCUCUGUUUUAGCGGUAUGGAUAGCUUCCCCAAUAACCAGCCCAUUGAAGCGUCAGGUAAAUACCAAAUCUCCUGUAUGUGUAUCUCAAAUAAAGAAAAUUAGAAGCAUCUCUGUAUAUUAUCUUUUGGGUCAAAAUUAGUUUGUACGAAGAGUAUGUAUAUUCAAACCAUGUUUAACCACAAAUUGAUUUGGGUGGUGGUUCUACUCAUUAAGCAUAGGAAAUUGCAAAGCAACAUUAUAAUUCAAAAUUUUUUAUAUAAGAACUACCCAUAACGUUACAUUUUUUAUUCUAUCUAAGUUCUAUACACGUUUUUGAAAGACUAAAUAACACUAUAUCAUUCUUAUAAUUACUUACGUUCUUUAUUACGUUGGAAUUAUUUCUUAUGAGUAUAAAGAACAAUUCUAUAGUCAAUGAUAUUUAAUUGUUAGGUGACAGAUUUAUAUAUAAAGCAUAUACUCGUUCUAAUCAUUAAGCAUAAAUAACACAAUAUCAUUUUUUGGUCUUUUAUAUAAGAGCUACCCAUAACGUUACAUUUAGAGAUUAUGUUUCAUAAAAUAACCAGUAUAUUGUAUGCUUAGUGCCUUUGUUUAGAAAGACAAUCUUUAAUUGUUAGACAGCUAUAGCCAUAUAUUUAACUAUGACGAACGUUAGUUUCGAUUUUUUACUUGCUUAAAACCUUAAAGUAAAAUAACAUCACCAACUCUAUUACUACAGUGUGAAAUAAAUACUACAAAACUACUGAUAAUAUUAAAACUUCAACAAAACUUCUGAUAAUAUGCGUAUAUAAUUUUACUCUGAAAGUAUAAAUACAUGUAUCUUUUCCUACACAAUUGAAAAUGAUGUAUUUAUGACUUUGAAGCUAUUUAAAUUAAACUUUGUUGUUUUCGAUAUCUAAAAUAAAAUAUAAUUAACAUAAACUAAUUAGUCUUAGUUAUAAUCCAAUUCCUCAUUUUUACUCAUUUGAGUUCGUUUUUUUAUAUUCUUUUGUAAAAAAACAAUUCAAGUUCUGAGUAUAUGAAAAUUUUAGAUUCAUAAUGAACUAUAUUUUUGUUUAGGAUCAAUACUGAGUUUCUAUUCUUAUUUGUAUGUUUAUAAAUUGUAUUAUCCUUUGCUUUUCAUUAUAUGGUUAUUCAGAAAUUUAUAUGGAAUAUAUCAUUAACUAUACUUUGACUAUUUGGGAAAAAAAAGGCGCUGUCUAGAUGUGAUCAAGCAAAAAAAAGGAAUAAGGAAGGAUGAAAUUUCACAUAAAAAUAACACAUCAUAUCUGGAUAUAUUUAAAUAAAUACUUACAAAUAUAUUAUAUUUUUGAUAUUUUUAAAUUAAUUAAACAAAAACUAAAUUAUUAGAAAAUAAAAUACAAAUAAAACUAUAUUAAUAUUUUGUAACAUCAAAAUAAUAAUUGAAUACAAAAUAUAUUAUGUUAAUAAAUAGAUUAUAGAUUUUAAAGACCUCUAUAUAUUAUUUUAGUUCGGGAUUUUUAAUAAAAUACCUGCUAUUAUGAUUUCUAUUAUAGCUGGAAAGAUUAACUACCCAAAUCAAUUUAGUUUAAAUACUACAAAUACAACAGUUAUUGCAAACCAAAAAAAAAAAAAAAAUAAACACCACCAUCACUAUUAAGCCCAUUUUCAAAAUCGAUUUAUUUUGGGAACCAUAUUACCAUUUCCUAGCUAUUUAUUCUACCCAUUACUAUCGUUAUUAGUUUAUUUAAAUCAUAGUUACAUUGAUAGUGGAACAUAAGAAUAUAGAAGUACAUAUAUUAACAUAUAUAAAUAAAAAACGUGUAUCAUAUAUAGAAGUUUAUUAUGUUUUCAUUAUGAAAUUGGAUUAGUAUUGUAUUUAAAAGGAUACUUAUAUUUUGAAAUUGGAAAACACCUAAUGACCCACACUUAUUUUAUUUUAAUUGGAACAUUUCAAAAUUCUAUCUAGAUAUUUUAUUACCUUCUACUUUAAAUUUUAAUCAUAACUAUAAUAUAUUACUUAAUCUAACCAAGAAAAUGACAUUCUCAAAACUACAGGAGGAUCCACGCAAAAGAGGAAGCGAGGCCGACCACGUGGAUCACUUAAUAAACCAAAAGGUAUAUAUUUACUACCCAAAAUAUCUAAUCCUAAGACAAAUUGUCUUAUCCCAGUGAUUAAACUGUGUACAUUUUCAGUUCAUCUGGUAAAUGACCGACCGUCAUUCAAACCAACAUAUUACGACUGUAAGUAUAUAUUGAUCAUAUUAUUAUAUCUUAAACCAAACUAAUUCAUCAAAAAAAGCUAACUUUCCAAACUUAAUUUAACAGGUGGCUGUGAUGACUGCGACUCUUACAGUAAGAAAUCAUACCAAAAUGUGUAUCUAUUAUGCUAUAUUCUUUUAACCUAACUACUAUUGAUCUUAAUAGUCAAACAGAAAAAUGCGCGUAAUAUGAGAAAGGCAAUUUUGUUAUCCAAACGAACCUCGGCAUCGUCACAAGGUAUGCAUAAUGGCUGAUAAAAUCUAUUUCGAUUUAUUACAUUUCUAAUUCAAAUUUACGUUGUUUCUAUAUAGAUACAAAUGCUCCACCAAAUCCACAAGGAACGCGUCGCACACAACCAAAAAAAAAAGGUGCAUACAAAUUAAUCCCCUAUAGAUUCCCAGAAAUAUAUAUAUAUAUAUAUAUAUUUAAUUUCUAAAAUAUAUUUUUCAGCGUAAUGGUGUUCCUAUAAAUCAACUAAAUCAAAUUUCGAAACUAAUUCAUUUUAACAAAUAUUUUUUUAAAAAACAAAUAUUAACAAA